AUGCCCGUCACUUGUGCAUCGGUGGGUUGCAACAAUAAAUUUGUGAAGGGGUCGGAAAUACGAUUUUAUCGGUUCCCACUCAGCAAACCUUCACUUUCCGCAAGAUGGGUUCAGAGUCUUGGGUUGAGAAACUUCAUUCCAAGUGCCAAUACCUGCCUGUGCUCAGAGCAUUUUUCACCAGACUGCUUCAGGGAUUACAAUGGUAAACAGUUUUUGAGAGAGGAUGCCGUGCCAAACGUCUUCACAUUGAACUACGAAAACGAGUACCAAUGCCACUACCAAAGGAUAUCAGUGUCACAAAUCACAUGGGACAUCACGGAGAGAGGGACAAAGGAAGAGAAUUCUCAAAUAUACGCAGAGAAAAAAGAGGAGGUUCAAGAGCAGAGCAUGGGCAAGAAAGUUUACGAUGGGAAAGGUCGUCUUUUAUCCAACGGCAAGGACAUGUGUGACUGUUUGGAUGUGGAAUGCAUGGGCUGCUUCUACCCUUGCUCUGACUGCGGCUCACGCAAGUGUGGAUUUGAGUGCCGCUGUGACAGAAAGUGGCUUUAUGAACAAAUGGAGGUGGAAGGAGGAGAGAUCAUCCGCAACAAAUUCGCUUUUUAA